GUCAUGAGGCCGCCACCAGGGAGCAGGAAGCCCAGAUAGACGCCCUGCGGCCCGGAUCCUGGAGCCUCCCGAUGCCGGCACUGGGGCCCACCAUGGAUGGGGAGUUCCCUCAGCACGAGCCCCCGCCGGCCGGCAGUGUCCUGUACAGCCCGCCGCCCCUGCAGACCCCACUGUGCGGCUCCGGCAUCCAGAGCGCCAUGCUGCACUGCCCCUGGUGGAGCCCCUUCCCGCCUGCACCAUGUCCGGCCUUCUCCAGCGAAAGCCACCAGUUCGUGAAUUCCACCUCCUUCAUUGUUGGCCAGCCCUGUGUGGACACCAGCUAUGGCCCCAUGGCCACCACCUCCAGCUUCCUGCCAAAGAUCGGUGACUUCUCUCAGGAUGCCCCGUACCUCGACGACCUGUCCAACGCCUCCCUCUUCUCCUCGUCCGUGGACUCCCUCUCGGACAUUGUGGACACGCCUGACUUCCCGCACGCUGACAGCCUCAGCCAGGUGCCCACCAUCUGGGACGUGAGCACCGGUCCCUCCACCCACGACAAGCUCUUCCUGCCCAGUGGCCCAUUUCCAGUUCUUGAGGAUCCUGCGACCUCGCUCUCCAGCACCCCUCUUCUCGUCAGCUACCAGGCUCAGAGUCAGCCGGAGGAGGAGGACGAGGCGGAGGAGGACGAGGCGGAGGAGCUGGGCCACGCAGAGACCUACGCGGACUACGUGCCAUCCAAGUCCAAGGUCGGCAAGCAGCACCCAGACCGCGUGGUGGAGACCAGCACGCUGUCCAGCGUCCCGCCGCCGGACAUCACCUACAGCCUCGCCCUGCCCACCGCGGACAGCGACGCCCUGUCGGCCCUGCAGCUGGAGGCCAUCACCUACGCCUGCCAGCGGCACGAGGUCCUGCUCCCCAGCGGGCAGCGGGCUGGCUUCCUCAUCGGCGACGGCGCAGGCGUGGGCAAGGGUCGCACCGUGGCGGGCAUCAUCCUGGAGAACUGCCUGCGGGGCCGGAAGAAGUCCCUGUGGUUCAGCGUCUCCAAUGACCUCAAGUACGACGCGGAGCGAGACCUGCGGGACAUCGACGCCCAGAGCGUCGCUGUGCACGCCCUGAGCAAGAUCAAGUAUGGCGACAACACUGCCUCAGAGGGCGUGCUCUUCGCCACCUACUCUGCCCUGAUCGGGGAGAGCCAGGCGGGCGGGCAGCACCGCACACGGAUCCGGCAGAUCCUGGAGUGGUGCGGGGAGGCCUUUGAUGGCGUGAUUGUGUUCGACGAGUGCCACAAAGCCAAGAACGCCAGCUCCACCAAGAUGGGCAGGGCCGUACUGGACCUGCAGAACAAGCUGCCCCUGGCCAGGGUGGUAUAUGCCAGCGCCACUGGUGCCUCCGAGCCCCGGAACAUGAUCUACAUGAGCCGCCUGGGCAUCUGGGGCGAGGGCACACCCUUCCGCACCUUCGAGGAGUUCUUGCACGCCAUUGAGAAGAGGGGUGUGGGUGCCAUGGAGAUCGUGGCCAUGGACAUGAAGGUCAGCGGCAUGUACAUUGCACGCCAGCUCAGCUUCUCUGGGGUCACCUUCCGCAUUGAGGAGAUUCCGCUGGCCCCUGCCUUCGAGUGCGUCUACAACCACGCAGCCCUGCUGUGGGCCGAGGCCCUGGGCGUGUUCCGGCAGGCAGCUGACUGGAUCGGCCUGGAGUCGCGGAAGGCCCUGUGGGGCCAGUUCUGGUCGGCACACCAGCGCUUCUUCAAGUACCUGUGUGUGGCCGCCAAGGUGCACCGGCUGGUGGAGCUGGCCCGGGAGGAGCUGGCCCGCGACAAGUGCGUGGUCAUCGGACUGCAGUCCACGGGUGAGGCGCGCACCCGGGAGGUGCUGGACGAGAAGGAAGGGCAGCUCGACUGCUUCGUCUCGGCCGCAGAGGGCGUCUUUCUGUCACUAAUUCAGAAGCACUUUCCUUCAGCCAAGAGGAAGCGGGAGAGAGGUGCAGGCAGUAAGAGGAAACGGCGGCCGCGGGGCCGAGGGGCCAAGGCAGCCAGGCUGAUGUGUGAGGCGGUGGGCGUGAUCCGCAUCAGCGACGACAGCAGCACCGAGUCAGACGCCGGCCUGGACAGCGACUUCCACUCCUCCCCCGAGUCCCUGGAUGACGACGUGGUCAUCGUGGAUGCCGUGGGGCUCCCCACUGAUGACCGUGGUGAGGCCCGUGGCCCGGCAUUUCUCUGCUCUACAGCUGGGGCAGGCCCCCUUGGCCCCCCGCAGCGGGACCUGAACGGCCCCGGCGUCCUGGAACGCGUUGAGCGGCUGAAGCAGGACCUGCUGACCAAGGUGCGGCUGCUGGGCCGGGAGCUGCCUGUCAACACCCUGGAUGAGCUCAUCGACCAGCUCGGGGGCCCUGAGUGCGUGGCUGAGAUGACCGGCAGGAAGGGCCGCGUGGUAUCCAGGCCUGACGGGACAGUGGCCUUUGAAUCUCGGGCGGAGCAGGGCCUCUCCAUCGACCACGUGAACCUCAGGGNCAGGUGCACACAGGCGGGGGAAGAGGAGUGUGCCAGCCCUGGAGGAGCAGGCGGCGACCAGCCUGCCGACCGACCUCCAUCCGGGCCCCCCCAGCUCGUGGCCGUCAUUUCCGAGGCCUCUAGCUCCGGUGUCUCCCUCCAAGCCGACCGGAGGGUCCGGAACCAGCGGCGGCGUGUCCACAUGACUCUGGAGCUGCCCUGGAGCGCGGACCGUGCCAUCCAGCAGUUCGGCCGGACCCACCGGUCCAACCAGGUCUCGGCGCCCGAGUACGUCUUCCUCAUUUCAGAGCUGGCUGGUGAGCGCAGGUUCGCCUCCAUUGUCGCCAAGCGGCUGGAAAGCCUGGGAGCUCUGACCCACGGGGACCGCCGUGCCACCGAGUCCCGCGACCUGAGCAAGUACAACUUUGAGAACAAGUAUGGCGCCCGGGCCCUCGGAUGCAUCCUCACCACCAUCCUGAGCCAGACAGAGAACAAGGUGCCCCUGCCGAGGGGCUACCCUGGGGGGGACUCUGCCUUCUUCCGGGACAUGAAGCAGGGCCUGCUGUCUGUUGGCAUCGGAGGGCGCGAGUCCAGGUCCGGCUGCCUGGACGUGGAGAAGGACUGCUCCAUCACUAAGUUCCUGAACCGCAUCCUGGGGCUGGAGGUGCACAAGCAGAACGCGCUGUUCCAGUACUUCUCGGACACCUUUGACCACCUCAUCGAGGCAGACAAGAAGGAGGGCAAAUACGACAUGGGCAUCCUGGACCUGGCUCCGGGCAUAGAUGAGAUCUAUGAGGAGAGCCAGCAGGUGUUCCUGGCCCCCGGGCACCCGCAGGACGGGCAGGUGGUUUUCUACAAGAUAAGCGUGGACCGCGGCCUCAAGUGGGACGAGGCGUACGCCAGGUCUCUGGAGCUGACAGGCGCCCACGAUGGCUUCUACCUGUCCUACAAGGUCCGCGGCAACAAGCCGAGCUGCCUACUGGCGGAGCGGAACCGCGGCAAGCACUUCACCGUGUACAAGCCCAACGUGGGCCGCCAGAGCCAGCCGGAGACCUUCGACAGCCUGUGCCGCAAGUUCCACCGGGUGACGGCGGAGGAGGCCCGCGAGCCCUGGGAGCGCAGCUACGCCCUCUCCCUGACACACUGCAGCCACACGGCGUGGAACCGGCACUGCCGCCUGAUGCAGGAGGGCAAGGACUGCGUGCAGGGCCUGCGGCUGCGGCACCACUACAUGCUGUGCGGGGCCCUGCUGCGCGUGUGGGGCCGCAUCGCCGCCGUCAUGGCCGACGUCACCAGCAGCAGCUACCUGCAGAUCGUGCGCCUCAAGACGAAGGACAAGAAGAAGCAAGUCGGCAUCAAGAUCCCCGAGGGCUGCGUGCGCCGGGUGCUGCAGGAGCUGCAGCUCAUGGACGCGGACGUCAAGCGCAAGAACGCGCGCAGCCGGGCCUUCGCCGCGCCGCUGCCCGCCCUGCCCGCCCUGUGCCCGCUCGCUCUGCCCUGCGGCCCCGGCGAGGUCCUGGACCUCACCUACAGCCCGCCCGCCCAGGCCUUCCCGCCGCCCUCGCCGUUCGCGUUCCCGCCGCCGCCGCCGCCGCCCUGCGACCCCGCCCCCGUCCCGAGCGGCCUGCUGCUGGGCGCCGCGGACCGCCCCGCCGACCCCGCGGCCUCGGUGCAUCAGGGCUGCGACAUCAACUUCAAGGAGGUGCUGGAGGACAUGCUGCGCUCCCUCAAUGCCGUGCCGUCUGCGGAGCCCCCCGGCCCCCCGGGCAUCGGCGCGGGGGCGGGGGCGGGGGGCGGGGCGGGCCCGGAGCGCCAGAGCGUCAUCCAGUUCAGCCCCCCGUUCCCCAGCUCCUAGGCCGGGCUCCGCCCCUAGACAAACCUUAUUUAUCUGCAAUACCGCGGCACGAACAGGCCCUCCUGCCGAAGCAGGCGGUGAGCAGGGCCCAGGUCCCUGCCGACUACUGAGGACUGGCAGGGCGACCCGCUGCCCGCCUCCCGAGGCCUCCACUGCAGUGCCUUCCCGGCGUGCCUGGGCAGACCCCUCAGAUGCUGCCGGCCCCCCGACACCCAGCCUGGUGGGGCGGCCGCUGUUUGCAGGUCCCACUCAGGGCGUCUCAGGGCCCAGUUAGGGCCCGGGGGUGAGGGGCCCACCCUCUCUGUGCCUCUCCUCUGCGUCCCUCCAGGCCUGGGUGGGGGACCACACCCCACCCACCUUACAAGACCUGGUCAGGCCAGAGCCCCUGAAAUCCACAAAACUGGGUGGCCCCAAGAGCUGAAAACUCAGGAAACCCCGGGUGCUCAGGGCCCCGCCAGUGUCCAGGGGUGUGGGGGGGCUCUGUGGGGCAGACCCCCCCAUUAAUAUAUGCAAUUCCCCUUCCCUGCUCUCUGCUCCCUAAAUUAUUGUCCUGCCGCCCCCACCCCCCAGGCCCCAGAAUCUGCCUGCAGAGCUGGUGGCCCCGGUGGCCCCUGGUCUGUAUUUAUGAAGAAUUGACAUGUAUAUAUGUAAAGAGAUCUUUUUUAAAUAUAUGUGCCUUUUUACUACUU